AAACGUUUGAAUUAAGGAUUCUCAUAAAUCAGGACGCUUGAUUAUAUAUGUCGACUACAUUUCCGAAUACACAAUUUUCAAAUAGUAUUAAAAUAAUCCCGAUAAAAUAAAAUGAAAUUGAUUUUUAACACGCACUCACACAGUGGACGAGGCCAAAGCCACCGCUACUAGGGCUAACUUCGCAAUUACAAAAGCCCUUUGAAAUACACCGAUCUCCCUCCCUCCUUCCUUCAAAUUCCUCAUUUCCUUUACUCUCUCUCUUCUGAGAAAAAGUUUUUCAUAUUUGAAUCACUACUAGGAAUUGAGGAUUGUUUGCAAUGGGGGCUUAUCGGGCAGAUGACGAUUACGAUUACUUGUUCAAGGUCGUUCUAAUCGGCGAUUCUGGCGUCGGCAAAUCCAACCUCUUGUCGAGAUUCACUCGAAAUGAGUUCAGUUUGGAAUCCAAAUCCACAAUCGGCGUUGAGUUCGCUACUAGGAGCAUCCGUGUUGAUGAUAAAGUCGUCAAGGCUCAGAUUUGGGACACUGCUGGCCAAGAGAGGUACCGAGCAAUCACCAGUGCUUAUUAUCGUGGAGCUGUUGGUGCCUUGUUAGUAUAUGAUGUUACACGUCAUGUUACAUUUGAAAAUGUUGAGAGAUGGUUAAAGGAACUCCGAGAUCACACAGAUUCAAACAUUGUGAUUAUGCUUGUUGGUAAUAAGGCAGAUCUGCGUCACCUGAGGGCUGUUUCCACCGAAGAUGCAAAGGCCUUUGCUGAACGAGAGAGCACAUUUUUCAUGGAAACCUCAGCUUUGGAAUCCAUGAACGUUGAAAAUGCCUUCACAGAAGUUCUCAGUCAGAUAUACCGUGUUGUUAGCAGGAAAGCUCUUGACGUUGGUGAGGAUCCAGCUGCACUACCCAAAGGACAGACGAUCAAUGUGGGCUCGAAGGACGAUGUUUCAGCUGUAAAAAAGGUUGGAUGCUGCUCUGCUUAGGUAACAGAUAAAUGGCGUGAAGGAAAAGGGUGUCUUUUACCCUCUGGGCUGUGGAAUUUGUCCCUUACAGUUGUUGAACCACAUGGAUCAAUUGGUCUUUUGUGAUAAAAAAAUUUUAUUUAAUUGGCAUGAAUUUUCUACUAAGCCUUUCCAUUAGCAUAUUAUGUAAGAGUCAACUGUCCAGUGUUUAGGGCAAUAUAUCCAUGAGCUAGGAUCUUGACGAAUUCUUCUUUUAGUUGGCCUGGUUUUCACUUAUUGCUUUCCCACAAUGUAUCUAUUCUAUCAUAUAUUAUUUAAAACCCUGAUUUUAUGUGUUUUUUUCCUUCCGGAAAAAUUGGAAUUUUGCUCUGCCUUUUAUAUCAGUAACUUUGUUCAAGUGAACCAUAUAUAUUUGUCAGUUACUGC